GGCAUCUAAAAUUCAUUGAAUUUAUGCACAUUUCUAACGACAACGGAACAGGAAGAUAUCAAAUUUCAGAAUGUUUAUAUAGCAAUGAGGUGGAUAACAAGAAACAAUACUAUAGAUAUGGCGGAAAGUGGAAGAUCUUUCUUGUAUACAUAUGAGCAAGAUAGAACUUGCAAAAAAGCAAACUUAAAUCAGGCACAAGUCGCAAAAGAAGAUGAUUCCCCCAGCAAGGACAGUAAACAUUCUGCAACAAAAGACAAAGAAAGGAGUACUGAAGAUAGUGAUACAAGUUCCAAUAGAGUUUUUGGUCUUCUGGAUGGCGGUAGUUUUUCCAAUGAAAAUACAACUGCUUCGAACUUCAAUCAGUCCACCCAAGCACAGGUCCCAAUAGUUCAUUAUUCCCAUAGCACGGGGAGCAAACAACUUACAGCAGAGGACAAUGAAAGAAAGCCUGAAAACUGUGAUACCAACUCGGAAAAGGGUUCGAAUCUUCUAUAUGUCCGCAGUUCUUCCAGUGAAUGUUCAACUGCUUCAAAAUCGCCAAAGUCCCAGGAAAAAUCGUCAGCGAUGGAGGUUAGCCGUAAUGUUUACUGCAGUAUUCCUAAGGAGGAUAAAUAUAAGUGUUCAAUUACGUGUAUAACGGCGUUAGAAGAUGGCGAGUUGGUCGUUUAUGAUGAGGUAAAUUUUAAACUUAAAGUAUUUGAUAGUUCUGGAUAUUACAUUGGUUCUAUAGAAAACAUUUACAAUUGCCGGGAUAUAACAGCAGUUGAUAGCAAACAGUUUGCCAUCACUCAAGAAGGUAAGGAAUUGCUGACUAUUUUCUUAAUGCGUGGAAUCCCCAAAAAUCCCAAAGGAAAACAAAUUUCUCUGCCUGGGAAAGGAUACCACUGCAAAUACGGCAGACAGCAUUACGCUGUGACGUGUGAUGUCAGUGAUGAUAGGUCUCGUUGUCUUAUUAUCAUGGACGCCAAGGAAAGACAGGUCUUCAAGAAAAUUCCCAAUAUUUCUGUGGCGCAGAUGGAAAUAGAUCCAAAUCAUGAUGUUGUAUAUGUUUCAGAUACCAAAAACAAAACUCUCACUUGCAUAAAUUUUCAAGGUGAUCAAGUAUGGUUUCGAAAACUUGACUGGGCUCCAUAUGGAUUGUGUGUUGUUGCAGACGAUUUCUUAUUUGUGUCUAGUACAGACAAACAGACAAUAUUCAAAUUUCAAUUUCGUGCAGAACUCUGGGAAGAAUGUGCAGAUUUUAAAUGCACUAGACUUCUUUGUUACAAUGCUAAAAAGAGAAUUAUGUAUGCGACGAUUCAGAGGGACGAAACGGAAGUAGUUAAUAGCGUCCAUAUUUUAAAAAUCAAUAAAAAGAAACUGAUCAAGAAGUGAUUCAAAAGGACAUUGAAAUUUUUCUCGCAUCAACAGAUGAAAAAACUAUUCAAAGACUCUCAUUACAAAAUUAAAACCAAAAUGAAAUAUUUAUGCAAUUAUAUGUAAGCAAUUUCUACCUUGGUGGAACAAAUUAAAAGGUGAUAAUAUUUAUACGGAAUGCAAACAUACAUCCGUUAUGCAUGUACGCCCAGAUAAACGAAACACGGGGAAAUUGAUAAGGGGAAACCCCAAGUUUCUUCUUCCUACCAAACAAAUGAAUAUAGAUAUAUACAUGAAAUAUCUCUGGAAUGUUGAAAACCGGUUUAGAAUAAAUUAACAUAUUCCUGUU